CUUCUUCUUCAGGUGCCAUCUAAAAUUUUGGAACGCACUAUCGAAAAUGCGCGCGACUUUUGACACUUUGUUUGACAGUUUCAAAUUUCAAUUUUGUUUCUGUUUUGAUUUGCACAAUCUUGUUUCUUUACUGAUUUAUUCAAGCAUUUACCCCACAAAAUGAGUCUUUGGGUUGACAAACACCGUCCCAGAGACCUCUCCAAGCUAGAUUUCCACAAAGAACAGGCCGUUCGCUUGAAGAAUUUGGUUCAACAAAGUGACUUUCCUCAUCUGCUUGUUUACGGUCCGUCUGGUGCCGGCAAGAAGACUCGCAUCAUGUGUCUGUUGCGGGAGCUGUACGGCCCCGGCGUGGAGCGGCUUCGCCAGGAGACCAUGAACUUCACCACGCCGUCCAACAAGAAGAUAGAAAUCAUGACUGUAAGUAGCAACUACCAUAUUGAGGUUAACCCCACCGACGUCGGCAUCCACGACCGCGUCGUCAUCAUGGACCUGGUGAAGAACGUCGCUCAGACGCACCAGAUAGACUCGUCUGGACAGAGGGAAUUCAAAGUUGUGAUUUUGAAUGAAGUUGAUGACCUUACAAAGGAUGCUCAGCAUGCGUUACGUAGAACCAUGGAGAAGUACGUCGCUACAUGUCGGCUCAUCCUUAUAGCUAACUCGAUAUCGCGAGUGAUCCCGGCCAUCCGGUCCCGUUGUCUCACCAUCCGAGUGCCCGCUCCAACAGAAACAGAAAUCUCUUCAGUUCUCCAUGCAGUGUGCAAGAAAGAAGGACUCAGUCUACCACCAGAACUAGCCAUGCGAAUCGCCAAGUGUGCUGAUAGAAAUCUACGCAGAGCACUGUUAAUGUGUGAAGCUUGCAAGGUUCAAAAGUAUCCCUUCACUGCUGACCAGAAGGUUCCGGAGCCUGAUUGGCAACAAUUUAUCCGAGAUACAGCAUCUAUGAUACUGUCAGAACAAACUCCGAAGAAGCUAGGUGAGGUGCGACAGAAACUGUAUGAAUUGCUUAUACACGGAGUGCCCCCGGAUAUGAUAUUCUCUGGGUUGCUGCACGAGUUAGUGAGGAACUGUGACAUGGCAAUGAAAUGCCAAGUGGCGAGCCACGCAGCCAGCUAUGAGCACAGGAUGAGGCUUGGAAACAAGCCCAUAUUCCACUUAGAAGCCUUUGUGGCCAAAUUCAUGGCUAUUUACAAGAAAUUCAUGGAAGAAUCAAUGGGUGAUGCUUUUUAAAUUGUUUUAUUGUUAAUCUAAAAGUAAGUUAAAUAAUUUUAAAUAAAAGAUAAGUUUUUAAUAA